AUGAUUGCUUAUAUGACUAUGUCACCCAACGGUUUUAAUGUAUCUCUUGACUUCUCACUUGAACCACCCGUUUGGUUCUUCUCUCAUGAACUUGUCAAAGAAGCCCUUCUCCAGAUGAGCAUCCUUAUAUCAGUGUACAAUGACAUUGUUUCUGUUCGUCAUGAAAUAUUACCCCAGAAGUCAGGUCACAUUGAUAAUAUUAUCCCUUUGCUCAUUUACCACAAGGGACUUACCGCACAAGAAGCGACAAAUUUCGGGGUUGAGAUUAUUCAAAUCUCGUACAAGAGCUUCCGAUCAUUCGAACCGCAGCUCUAUGCUCUUGGUCAAGAGAACAACAUCGCCACCGAAGUGGAUGCAUUCCUUCAAGGCUGCAUCAACUUUUGCGUGGGUUCUUUACAGUGGACAUAUCAUGCCAACAGAUAUUUUGAUUGCACUCCAGACUGGGGCGAUGGCGAGAUGUCGGUGGUGCUUGGCUAG